CCGCCCGCGACCCCGCCCGACCCCGCCCGGCCCCCGGCCCGCUCAAUGCCCAGGGUGUUCUGUUGGAGGAUACUUGGCACAUUUAUGGCGAUUCUGAGCGUCAGGGCAGACUUCUGCCAGGCCCAGCACAGCACCCUGGCUGCCAAGUGAGCUCAGGGGGCUCCCCACGUGUGCGUCGGGCUCAGAUUUAUGGGCUAUCUCCUGCCCGUUGGAAGCGGAUUCCUGUCACGGACUCUGGCAGAACUCAGCGCCAGGAAAACCAAGCGUGAAGACGACGAAACCCUGCCCUCGCUUCCUUCGCCUCACCAGUGCCUCGAUGUAGAACUGCCCAGUGGGAAUUUCGGGAGUCUGAAGGAUAACACCCCGCCAGGAAUUGAGGAUUCGGAAGCAAACCUGCUUUUUUUUCUAGGAGCAAAAAAUCCCUGAGGAACAAACCCGGCAAAGCAAGCUCUGAUCAAUCCCAGGCAUAUUAGUGAUUUUUUUUUUUUUUUUGAUGUUUUCUGCUGUGAAACGUUUCCAAGGUCAUUGAUUAUUUUUUUUUUCCCCCUUUUAUUUUGAUUUUUUUUUUCUUUCUUUUUCCUUUUUUUUCCUUUUUUUUUUUUUUAUUUUUUGUUUGGCCCCUCACACAUUUUCUUUGCCAUUAUGAACCGUCCAGCCCCCGUGGAAAUUACUUACGAGAAUCUGCGUUUCCUGAUCACUCACAACCCAACCAAUGCAACCCUCAGCAAGUUCAUUGAGGAGCUGAAGAAGUACGGGGUGACAACCUUGGUGCGAGUUUGUGAUGCCACUUAUGAUCAAGCUCCAAUCGAGAAAGAAGGAAUCCAAGUUCUAGACUGGCCGUUCGAUGACGGAGCGCCGCCCCCCAGUCAGAUCGUGGAGGACUGGCUCAACCUCCUAAAAACCAAAUUUCGGGAGGAGCCGGGAUGCUGCGUGGCUGUUCACUGCGUGGCAGGCUUGGGGAGGGCUCCGGUUCUGGUGGCGCUUGCUCUCAUUGAGUGCGGGAUGAAGUACGAGGACGCAGUUCAGUUCAUAAGGCAGAAAAGGAGGGGAGCUUUCAAUUCCAAACAGCUGCUUUACCUGGAGAAAUACCGGCCCAAGAUGAGAUUACGCUUCAAAGAUGCCAACGGUCACUGCUGUGUUCAAUAAAUAAAUAAACACCAAAAAAAAACCCAGAAAUGAUCUCAAAAAAGGAAGGCAGAAGUGAGCUGGGCUCUUGGACUCUUUGGCACCUGGAAAUGUGAAUCUGGAAUCAAAAAAAAAGAAAAAAAAACCACCCCAACCAAACAAAAAGUCUUCAAAUUAAUGGAGUUAGCGUUCCUCGACCUCUGUCCUU